GUAACAAAAUAUAUUAGGUCAAAAGAAGACACCUUGCUGUCUUCGGAAUUUGUCUUUCAAGAUUGGAGACGUAAACACGCACACAUAUAAAUGUACCAAAACCCACAAUAAGAUAGGAACUCUGAAGACGGAGUAAUUAAAGAUGGAGUUAGUUAGAAACAGAGCCAGGAAAUUUCUAGGGCUCGAGGAUGAGGAAGAUCAGGAAGAACGUCGCCAGAGAUGGCAGAACCGACGGGAACGUGUCUACCGAGGUGGCAUUGCACCGGAGAAGCCAACCACUGAAGCUGAUGGAAGGGGUGCACGGCGAUGUCGACCACAGCCCCUCAAGAGGAAGGCGGCAGUGACAACCAUAACCUGGAACAAAGCUAAGACCAUUGUGGGAAUAUCUAGAUCAAAGAAGGAGAAGAAACUUGGAGUGUUUGGACGAAGCUUUGCUCCUGUCUGCCUAGACAGAUAUGUGGACAAAAAACCAGAGUUUUCCAAGUUUAUCAAUGAGAGAUUUUACGAUGAGUUACCGCCUAGCACUACUGACGACACGACUCACGCAGAUCGCCCCUCCUUACCAAGUGACAUGAGGUUUGAUGACAUGCCCAUGGGAGAUCUGUCCCCCAGCAAAAAAGAGAAGCCUGUCCCCCCAGGGCCCGGGAUGAGCCGACUGUUUCGUGGAGUGGUCGAGACAGAGAAAGAGCGGCGACAGGCAUUGGUCCUUAGCAUGGAGGAGAACACCUGUGAAGCUCUGAGUGGAAAUUGCUGUGGUGGUGAUGAAAAAAAUGAUGAAACCAAAAGGCCAUACUUUACCUGGUUCAUCACGUUUACGCAGACAGUCAUUAUGAUCACGGCCCUUGCUUUGUAUGGUGUGUCUAACUUUGGAGCAGAUGAGGUCACCAUCGAUGACUGGGUGAGAAAGCCAAACAUGGCCAUUGAGUCUGUUCGGCGGUCAGAGUUUGGAAACAUAUGGCUGGGUCCGUCACAGGCUGACCUCAUUCAUCUGGGCGCCAAAUACUCCCCUUGUAUGAGGAAAGACCCCAACCUUGCCCAUGUCAUGGAUCUGGAUCGUGAUGAGGAGCGAACCUCGGGUUGCUGUAUCCGUGAUGACAACACUGGUUGUGUUCAAACUGUCAAGUCACGCUGUAGUCGCAUCUUGUCUACAUUUGUGAAGUGGAACAGGACACACCCCAGUAAAGAUGGCUUCACCUCGGGACCGGUGUGUGGACAAGAUCCAGGCUAUUGCAAAAAUCCACUGUCCAAAGCUCCUUUUGAGUGGAAUAAAAAUGACAUGACACAAUGGCCUGUUUGUGAAGAAACUAAUGACCCAGGACAUCUGGGUGCAGUUUCUGUUUCUCAGGAAGAUCGACACAUGUCAUGUGACCUGUUAGGGCGCCCUUGUUGCCAUGGUAUCCAGGGCGAGUGUAUGAUCACAUCCCGAGAACAUUGUACCUUCCUGAAAGGUUUUUAUCACGAGGAGGCCUUCCUGUGUGCUCAGGUCAACUGUAUGGCAGAUGUGUGUGGUAUGAUUCCUUUUGUGUAUGAGGACAGACCAGAUCAGUUUGGCCGUGUCUUCUCUGCCUUCCUCCUCCAUGCUGGGUUGUUCCAUCUACUGAUCAGCAUCCUGUUCCAGAUGUUUGUGAUGCGGCAUGCUGAGAACUUGGUGGGCUGGAAGUUCAUGGCUAUUAUUUAUUGUGGCAGUGGUGCAGUGGGAAGCCUGGCUAGUGCUGUACUGCUCCCCUACCAGGUCGAGGUUGGACCUGCUGGAGCUCAGUUUGGGGUCCUGUCCGUGUUUUUCGUGGAUUUGAUCGGUCAUUACUUACAGCACAGACAGGAAUCCGGCAGUCGUGAUCAGAAAAGACGUCUAUGCACAUGGCUUGCCAUUUUCGUUGUCAUCAUGAUCCUUCUGUUUUUCUUUGGACUGUUUCCCUGGCUGGAUAACUGGGCUCACAUGUUCGGAUUUUUCUUUGGUCUUUUGAUGUCCACGAUACUUGUGGAGGACUUCGGUGUCCAGGUCAAUUUCAUGAAACGUUGGGUGGUAGUCUUGGUUUCGUCUAUUCUCGCCCUACUAAUGAUAGCGAUGCUCGUUAUCAUAUUCUAUGUGGUGCCUAUUACCGAGGGAGAGAUCAUCUCGUACUUUAACUGUAUCCCGAUCACGAAAACGUUUUGUAAAAACAUGGACGUCAGUAUCAACCGAGGCUCCACCUAUACUGCCCUGCUGUAAGGGGCCUGUACUCUAGAAUGGGUUCAGUUGACUAAUUAUAGUGCUUCAUUUUAAUCUCCUUUUAAUUAUAUUAGCGUAAAGUGAAACGGGACAGGUUUUUAUAUGUCAUGCAAAUAAUUAAUAUAAUGGUAGACACUGUUCAAUAGAACUUUUUUCAGCUGAUUUUAUAGCAUAAUGUGUAAUAAGACAACCUCAUAUAUUGUGAACAAAUGGAUUGUUAUAUGUCUUCUGUAUAAGUAUUAACAUGUGUUGGUUUUUUUUAUCACUGAAUCAUAAUAUUAUAUCCAUCCAAAAAAGGAAAUAAAAAGUGAGAUGAAUGUUGGAAAGAAACAUCGUUAAAGAAAAGGGGAAAAAAACUAUGGUGCUCAAGUCAUUCUGGUAUGUUAAGUUGCUUCAAUGAUAUUGUCAAGGCAUUGCAGUAUGGCUUGAAGCAAAUCCAUCUGGUCACUUUGGACUCUGAACAGAGGCGACAAAGUUUGUAUUUGUGAAGCUUCACUUUACAGCUUGCUUUGGGACAUUUUUGUGUCACCUAAAUUUGGCUUGUUUUUGCUCAAAAUGGGGUGGAUACAUUUUGAUGCAUCAAAUUUUUGGUGUUUUACGAUCCUGUGUGCUGCAUUUUGGUGCUUUCCAAUGCCUUUAGUUAAGUAGUGGCUCUAUCAGUCUAUUGUGUUAAGGUAGUUGUGCUACAGGUAUUCACAGAAAACAUGUCGGUAUGUUACAAAUUGUUUUCAGAUUCCAUAAAUUUACAUCCUUUUAUAUACGCUUGACCUCGCUGGACAGGAGAGCACACGUUUAAGAUCACUUACAGUGAUGCGACUUACUUGUAUACACUUAACCCUUUCACCACUGUAGACCAUAAUGGACUCAUUCAUAUCAAUGCAUGGUAGAGUCUACUUAAGUUACAUAGGGGUGAAAGGGUUAAACACAACUAAUACAGCAACGGAUAUGAAAAGAUUUGGAAUUUACGACACAGGUGAAAACAUCCCUUUAUUGAUGUUUAAAUUAAAUAAGCAAUGCCAAGUUUUGAAAAAAGCACAGUCCUCGGAAGUAAGUAAAUGAUGCUUACUAGAUGGGUUGGAAGACAGUCUGCCAAUAUCCGGAUGUUGCGACAAUAUUUUGGCAUGGUGAAAUUUUGGUGUGGUUAAUUUCGCUCAUACACUCCAAGUGCUAAAUUAACCAAAAGAUAACCACAUUCAAAAUAUCCCAAAGAACGGUAUAUUAAUUGAACCAAAUUGUGGAGAAGAGCUUGUUAGUUGUUAGAACUUGUCUCUCAUCCAUUUGUCUGUUUCGACAAUAAAAUAUGUUUAAAUCAAAUCAACCAAAAUUAAUCUCCUCAUGAAAAAGUGUCUUAAUUAUAAGUAAUGUUGUAGGGGGAUUGUUUUUAUUCUUAUGUGCAGCUCAUCGUAAAAUUGCUCAUUUUGUAUGCAUGAUAUUAUAUUAAUGUAAUUUACUGUUUAUAUGCAUGUUGGCUUGUGGUGCAUGGUUUUGAAUACUGACGGUUAGAUUAGGUUUCAGUCUAAAAUAGAUACCAGAAGAGAUUAAAUAGAUCAUACAUAAAAUGUUGUAUUACUCGCAUCAUGACAUAAGUAAACAACAGUGUUUGGUGAAGCUACGAUAGAUUCACCUUCAUUAAUUACUGAACAAUCUUGUAAUAGGUCCACCCUCCUCGAUAAUUGAGCCACCUUCGUUGAUAAUCCAUUCAAUUUGGUCGAUCCUUUAGUCAUCUUCACUGAUAAUCCAGUCACUGUCAGUUAUAAUCCAUCCGUCUUUGUUGAUCGUCUGCUCAAUCUUCAUUGUUAAUCCGAUCCUCUUUGGUAACUCUCUAGGCAUCUUUGUUUCCAGCAAGAGUUGAUGGAUUUCUGAGAAAAUUUGGCCUCGAGAACAUUUCAUUUGUUCCUGCAAACACUGCCAGGAUAUUCAUUCAAUCUGUCCCCGAAAGUACUGUCUGAAAACAGUGGAACAGUCUGUCCCCUAAAACAUUGUCUGAAAACAGCGGAACAGUCUGUCCCCUAAAACACUGGGGCUUGUUCACUAUGCAGAGCAACAAGUUUGUCUGCUUUUAAAUGUAACAUUUUCGGGUUUGAAUCCUUGCAGACCCUCGAAUGUUUAUGCAGGCCUUGCAAGGCUUUCCUGAAAGAAGCAUCAAAUUACUAGGUGUGACUUUAUUUUAUAAACAAACAACUCUGGUGCAACCAUUUGGAUCGCGAUAAACAAAAGUGACGCUGGCUGAAAACAGUGGGACAGUCUGUCCCCUUUAAAUACUGGCUGAUUGUUAGGACCAGGUUUAGGGUGACUGCACAGUGAGACAACUGGAUUAGUGGUGGCCAGAUGGAAAAAGUUUUUGGAUUCAAACAUUUGCCCUUCACUGGUAACCGCAUAGACGCCCAUUGUUUGGUACGCUGUGUACGAAUGAUUGCUGUUUUGGUAAAUUCACUUGCAUUACUGAGGGUGAAAAAGGCGAAAAUUAAACUGUGGCAAAAAAAAUCUGGUAUAGGAUAGACGGUAGUUCUUCCAAAAAUUGAUUUGUUUUAUGAUUGCCAUGCCUGAAAUUUGACUUAUCUGUGUUUGGUAAUAACACUGAUAAAGACGAUACAAUUUUAGUUAUGAAUAAAAUAACAUUUCUUGACGUAGUCUAACAAUUAUACCAGACUAUAUACCGAUAACUUUACAUGUAGUUUGUAAAAAAUUUACAUUAGACAAGAAAUAGUUAGGGGAACAUUACUUAACUUAUUCACCCCUGAAAUUUCAUAAUGGACUAUUCCAACGUUUGAAUUGGAAGAGUUCAAAUGUGUAUUCAGGGGUGAAUGAGCUAACUAACCAUCCUUUGAUUCUCUAACCUUACUAACAGUUACUAUUUAUAGCAUCAAGGACAAUUUAAGAGCCACUAAAGCCGUGCUUCAGUGAGAGUAAUCUGUGAUGUGUGUGUCUAUGGAGGCCCUUUCAUUGAUGUGUUUGUUUUAUAUUUAUGUCAUGAAAUACUGUUAUAAAGACUAGUAUACACUACAGUCAAACUUCAUUAUCUGAAAAGUGAAAUACUGUACCAGAGAUAGUUUUGUUUUACCCUUUUGUCAGAGUUGUUCUUGUUGGUAAAGAUAAUUCAGAAAAAUUAAUUAUCUCAAAGUGAAUAUUUGGUCCCAAAAGUGUGAAACUAUUGCAAAUAAAUGUGUAUUGGAAAUGUCCUAGAAGGGCCUUCCACUUUGAUACAUGUAUAAGAAGCUUUACUUUAUGAUAGUGCCAUGUGCAUGAUUUUACAUGCCAAAACAAAAUUUAUAUAUCAUUGAAUAGUUAGUCAUUUCUUUUCAAUUUUAUGAAAUCAAUACAGCUGAUUCAUUAAAAACAUACCAAGGUACAUGUACCAGGUAGUGACAGUUUUGAAUGUUUGUAUAUUAACAUGUUCAGAUAUAUGUCAGAUGUUUCUGUUAUGCCUAAGGAUUUCAGUGUUUAAUGAUUACAGAAUUGAUCUAAUGUAUUUAUUGUUUUUUCUUUCUUCUGUUGAGCUUAAGAGCUUCAGUGGUUGUAGAUGUAGUAAGGAUUUUCUGUCAGGCCUAAAAGCUUCAGUGUUUGUAGAUUACAGAAUUCAUCUGAUGAUUUCAGUGGUUGUAGAUGUAUUUAGGAUUUUCUGUCAGGGCUUAAAAGCUUCAGUAUUUGUAGAUUACAGAAUUUAUCUGAUGAUUUCAGUGUUUGUAAGUGUAUUUAGGAUUUUCUGUUGGGGCCUAAAAGCGUCUGUAUUUGUAGAUUACAGAAUUUAUCUGAUGAUUUCAGUGUUUGUAGAUGUAUUUAGGAUUUUCUGUCAGGCCUAAACGCUUCAGUGUGUGUAGAUUACAGAAUUUUUCUGAUGAUUUCAGUGGUUGUAGAUGUAUUUAGGAUUUUCUGUUCGGCUUAAAAGCUUCAGUGUUUGUAGAUUACAGAAUUUAUCUGAUGAUUUCAGUGUUUGUAGAUGUAUUUAGGAUUUUCUGUUGGGCUUAAAAAGUUCAGUGUUGUUUUGUAGGACAUACAGUGCCACAUACAUGUUAAACAAAUUGUUUUCGUCUUUCCCAGCAGUGACGUGUCAUUAGGACUCUUUAUGGUCUUUGUUGUUUAAAACAUUUACAGUGACAUGCCAUGUUGCGUCAUUUUCAUUUCCUUGCUUCGUUUUUAGUAAAAACCUGAUGAAAUUCAUCUCGAAGCUAGAGAAUAAUCUAGUGCUUCCUUUGGUUAUUUGUUUCAUUGAAUUCUAACCUGGAUGGGAUGCUUGGCAAAAUCGUUUUUGUAAGACAAAAUUUGAAUUGUCUUUGGGAAUGACAUCAAAGUAAAACGUUUAAGCUUGGAUAUGAAAAGUGAUAUCUCAUCAACUGUACCACAGAUAGUAAUAUAAAGAUAAGCAAAGGAAACGCUGGAUAAUUCUCUAGCAGGUUCUGGAGUUUUAUCAAAACUGCAUGUCAAAAGAUGUCAUGAAAAUAUUUUGGAAAAAAAGAGAGUAAGUUAACAUAGAAUCCAAUGGGAACAUGACAUAUCAUAAAAGACGGAACAGCAUGUCACUGUACAUUAUUUACGGAGCCUACAAUGGCGGGAUUUCUUUCUACGGCUAAUGAGCUUGCUUGUUGUGGUGUUGUUCAGGAGUUUAUUUCUGUACAGACUGAACAUGAAGAGCUCUUUUUACUCUAGUGUAUAUCUGUCUUUCAUGUGCAAAUGUGAUGAAAUGAAAUGGCCUUUAACAUAAACUUGAUUUUAUGCAUGAUGUUAUUUUAAAAUUUGGCAAAAGCGAUGUAUACAUUUUAUUUUUGUUCUGGAUGAUUAAGAACACAAAGUUUUUACACAAAAUAUUGAUAGAAUGGAUACAUGAUUUGAUAAGGUGUAGGUUCAAAUUUGAAGGUCUACCAUAUUUUAGUUUUUUUGUUAUAUGCUAUCUUUUCCAAUAACCAGUUUUCUUAUACACUGUAUAUGCAAUGUGCAAUGACUAUUUCAUUAAUAUUAAAUUAUUUUUACAAGGUAGCAGUGUAUACAGGUAGUGUGAUGAAAACUAUCAUUUACGAGACAGGGAGCAGGGAAUCCCUGCCCCUCCAGAGAGAGUUUUUACGGGGUGGGUUAAAUUAGGAUUUACAAUGACUGGACUGUUUAGCAAAAGACAUAAACCUUUGGUAUACGGUUUUCUUGUUAGAUGUUUACUAUAAAAUGGUGUCAACAGAUUUCAAGGUGUAUUUGAUAUGCAUUACAUACUACUGUAUUUAUAAAGAUAUACACUGUAUACACGGAAUAUUUAUGUAUACCAAUACUAUUUGGGAAUAUUUAAAAAAUAUCAUUUCUUGGGAAGUUCAUACAUGUACCCGGGUAUUUACAUGUAAGGAAGGGAGGUAAUUUGCUUUGUUUCAUUAUCUUUUUCCUGCCAUGUAAUUUGGAUGUUUCGUACCAAUUGUAAAUGACAUUUUUUUUAUCAAAUGCUUCCAACAUGGCCGACUCUGCCGUUGAUUGAUUGAUGAUUCAGCGAUGAUCCCUGAUUGAUGAUUCAGCGAUCGUCCCUGAAUGAUGAUUCAGCUUAUCACCCCUGUUAGUUAUUACUGAGUAUAGUAAUUCUGCUCAAUGAUUUCACUGUUGUCAGGAAAUAUAUGAUUUUGAAUACAUGUACAUGUAAAAGAAGAUUAUACAUUUCUUGCUAUUUUUGUGUAUAUGUACAUUUUGAAUAACUUAAAUAAAUGCUUACCAUGUUUGAUGUAUUUGUGCCAUCGUUAAAAUAUCUUAUACAUUUGAAUUAAUAAUUGAAAUGCUUAAGGUGGUGUUUUUUACACCAGUUUCACAGGACAUUUAUUGUAUGUAAUUGAUCGUUCCAUCAUUAGCCCUUCAGUUUUUUUGAUGAAGGAAAAAAAUGUGUAGCAAAAGCUGUCAAAAAAGAACUUACAAAGACUCCUUUAGGGCGAAUUAUAGUAAAUCAUGUCCUUAUUUAAGUUGUUAUGUACUUUGCAUUAAUGAAAUUUUACCCAAGAUCAACAUGUAGGCAACUCUUCUGAUUUCUAAUAUCUGAAAAAAAUGAUGAACAAUUCAGAAUUACUUUCCAAAAUAAGGAAAUUAGGCAAUUAUGCCAAAGUCCAUCUGUUGACAUUUUCUUGUCAUGAGCAUAAGUUCUUUUGACGAAAAAUUCAUACACCCAUGAACAAUUAUAAUGUGAUGUGUGAUUGGGGUUUUGUUUUUCCCUCACGUCAAGGUCAAGGUCACAAAUUAGGGUCAAAUGUCAAAUCAAAGGUAUCUUAAAAGUCCGCAGCAUAAUAUUUCAUUGCCAGACGUGGUUUAGUCAUAAAAGUUUAAAUUAUAAUUUGUUUGUCAAAAGCAGCAUUUCUUUGCCUAAUGUUAAUUUAAUAAUGAAACUUAUUCAGUAUGUCUUUAAAUACCCAUAGUACAUAUAAACACCUGUUCAAGGUCAUCAAAUGAGGUCAAAGUUCAAAUCACUUUCAACUUCUCGUGGGUUUAUUUCCUUUACUGUAAGUUGCGAGAAAUAUUAAUGAAAAUUCAUACAUACAAUAUUUGUCCACAAUAGGUGUUGUGAUUUGGUUAGUGUUGUUCAGGGUCCCUUGCUUUAGAAAUAAACAGAUGGAUGAGGGUAUUGUUUGUGGUAUUCUGAAAGUCAUAAUUAAGUAUGUACAUGUAUUAAUUGUUCAAGAAUGAAUUAUUGUCUGCAUUGAUUUUGAUUUUGAUUUGGUAAUAAAAGCAAAUGGUGAUGUCUUCAGCUCUGAUAGAAAAAAUAGGAAAGGUUGCUGAAAUAGCAGAUAAUCUGUAGUACACAAUUUAAUAAAGCAACUGAAUAAUGGAUUACUGGAAUGAACAAUUUAAUUACAUAAAUAAUAUGUGCUAGAUUUUGUUGUGUGAACUUGAGCUAUUGCCUUAUCUGUCAUGAUUGAAAGAAAUAAAAAAUAAAAAAAUUGUGUUUGAAAUGUGGUAGAAAAUAGUCCUAUCAAUAUAUGAAGAGUAACGUAUUCAUUCGUAAACAAGUUUCAAACUGAUUUCAAUGUUGUUUGGGAUAUUUUGUUCGUAGAAUGCCGAAUUUUGUAGGUUUUCGUCUCGGAGAGUUAUAAAUCUUACCUCACGGAUUAAUGUUCAGGGCCCACUUGUAUAAAACAUCUCAACUCUUGAGAUUUCCUCAAGUCUAAGAUUUCCCAUAGACAAUACAUUGCUUGAGAUCUUCCUUAACUUUGAGAUUUUUUAUACAAGUGGGCCCUGAGCAUUCAUUGGUUGUAAAUCAUUCAGGCCACACCAAAUAGUAUUUUUGUUAUUUGGGAUUUUGUAUAAUCGGACUGAAGCUGGAUACAGCCAAAACAUUUUACAUUUUCUACUUUUCACCCAACACUGUCUCAUUUAUGAAUUAAUUUUCUUGACUUCAGCUUUAAAACAAACAUUUUUCCUAUAUGGUUCAACUGUGAUGUGCAAAUAUUUGAAAAUAGGAACCCAGACUAAAAAUAGAAAGGUUUGGAACCUAACAACUUCCAACUAUAAAUGUAAUAGCAAAUAUUUCACAAGUAAAGAUACUUUCUCUGAAAGCCAUUUGUGUAUCAACAACAAAUUUUGUUAAUGUGAUUUUCUUUUUUUUCUCAUGAAUUUGUCGAACAGGUUAAACAUAUGCAGUGAGAUCUUGAUCAAAAGGGAAAUUAAUUAAAAAAUUGGUGUGGUCUUGUGUUAUCUACUUGAACUUACUUCACAUGUAUCUCAUAUCUACAUAUAUCUAUAUUUUCUGGUAAAGUCUUUUAUAUUCAUAUAUUAUUUUUUAUUCAUUUAAAGUGAUUCCUUCUGUUUUGUGAUCUGCUCAUCUACAUAAAAUAAAUUUACUAAAUACUGUU